GCUGCCAUUGGCUCCGGCGGGAGCGCUGACCGCCAGCCGCCUCCGAACUAUUUCCUGUUGCUGCAGCGUUAAUGCUAAACAGACCUUGCUCUCUCUUCCCUCGCUCCAGCCAAAGUGCAGCGGCUCUGCCGCCGCCGCCUUCCCACCCCGAUGCCAAGCAUGUGUUGUCCCUGGAGCCGCUGAGAAGCGCCAGGCACAGGAUGGAGGGUCGCCGGAGGGACAUGGAGCUGAUCAGCAACAGCAUGGCCGCGUACGCCCACAUCCGAGCCAACCCCGAGAGCUUCGGGCUCUACUUCGUGCUGGGCGUUUGCUUCGGGCUGGUGCUCACGCUGUGCCUGCUGGUGCUGCGCCUGUCCUGCCGGCCCUCCCCGCGGCCCCCGGCGCGCCCCGGCGACCUCAGCGAGGAUGACGAGGACGACGAGGAGGACGAGGACGAAGAGGACACGGUGGACCGCGCAGCGUCUGAGUCGCUGCUGCCGGUGACCGAGAUCCCGCUGGAGAGCCACAGCCCCGGGGACGGGGCGCUGGCCGUGAACGUGUUCGCGUCGGCCGAGGAGCUGGAGCGGGCGCAGCGGCUGGAGGAGCGGGAGCGCAUCAUCCGCGAGAUCUGGCGCAACGGGCAGCCCGACAUCCUGGGAUCCGGCACCAUCGGCACCCUGGGCCGCGUCCACUACUACUGAGCCCGGCAGCUGCCCUGGCACGGUGUCUGCUCGCCCACAGCUGACCCCACACCGUGCCCGGAGGGACCAGGAGGACAGGGGGGCUGCUCUCUGCAGCCGGCGGAGCUGCCUUGAACUGUCCCUGCACCACGGAGAGCCAGACCCCACUGUCACAGGCACCCCCGGGGCUGGACUCGCCCCUGCCACUGCACUUUGAGCCAUUGGUACGACGGCUGGCAUCAGCCGAGCAGCUGGGGACGAGGGCAGAGGGACAAGGAGCGGGCAGCCCUGGCUGUCCGGCUCAGUCGGGAUGUGGCGGGGGUUUCUCCCCGUGGGGCAGGGCCGGGCUGUACGUGGGCUCCUGCCCCACUAACAUGGUGCUUUUGUACACGAACUAGAGCCCAGCGUGGCGGGUCGGGCGUUUUGGGGACCCUGGACACAGAGCCGAUCUCGGCCCCUCCCCGAACCAAUUCCCUUCCCGGCCCCACUAAAAUUAGCCGGGACUUUUCCGGCACCGCCCGCCGUGACCCAACGCCCUCCGGCCGGACCAAGGCGGAUGUUCCCGCUGGACUCCGGGCCGGCCGCUGCUCCCCAGGGAUGCGGCAGCUCCCGCCGGGCUGAGCCGCAUCCUGCCCCACUCCCAGCCCAGCCCCGCGGGGAGCCGGGCCCCGCUGCCCCCUCCCCGGCAGAUUUAUAAAAAUAGUUCCUUCCCAGGCUGGUUCCCCCCCGCUGCCAAAGGCAGCAGGAUCCAGAUGUUUUCCAGAUGUUCUUCAGUGGCUGGAGGCCAGGUUGUGCUGGGACUGGAGCUGGCCUGGAAAACUGUGCGGGGGUGGAGGAGGAGGAGGAGGGGGAAGAGGAAGAGGAGGCCCUGCCCCAACCCUGCCCCGGGCCCUGGUGGGACCCCUUGUGCCAUGGUGGGACUCUGUGCCCAACAGGACCAGCCCAGCCCUUCAGGGCCGUGGCAGCCAUCAGUGGAGACCUGAGCAGUCCCCACACAGCACUUUGUACUCUAAAUAGUUUAUUUUAAACAAUUUCUAUAGGUCCAGGGGCUGUUGUGCUUCGAGGAGCAGCGUCUGGGUGUGGAGUGGGCAUUUGUACCCGAUGGGUGCAGAACCGGGCUGGGGGCAGCGAGGUUGGGGGGGCUCCAUGUGCCACCCCCCUGCCCCAUGCCAUGGGUGGGCACUGCAGUCCCCCCAUGCUAACAGGGCAGCCCCUUCCUCACUCGCUCGAUCUCCACCUGUGGGGAGAGGCUGUGAUUGUUGGGGGGCACAGGGGACCCCAGGACACAGCAGCCCCUCCCAGGGACCCACCUGCAGUGCCUGGCGCUGAGUCCGCUCCUGGCUCAGCUCCUGCCGCAGGUCCUGCAGGUCCCUCCUGCAACAUGCCAGGAUGGCUCAGCUGGGGCCAGAACAAGCAGCAAACAGCCAGGAGUCACUGGGGACUCCCCACACCCCCAUCCCCACUCACAGGUGCUGGACCCGCAUCAGGUCCACAAGGAUGUGCAGGGUCCGGACCUCAGCCUUCAGAUCCUCCAGGGCCAGUGACCUCCCCUCCAACGCCUCCAGCCCUUCUGUGCUCCAUGAUGGGACAGGCACCUGCCCCGUUCUGGGGACAGGGACACAGAGGGCAGCACAGGGCAGCCCCUGGGGCGGUUCCCCCCCAAGGUGACUCCCUGUGCUCCCCAGGACAAUGCUGGGUGGCCGCUGGCCGGGUAUUCGUGGCCGUGUGGCUGUUGGGUGGCUCAGCCUGGCUGUGGUAACUGCCACCAUGUUGAAGCCAUUGGUAUCUGCCAAGGAAAGAACAGGAAUCAACACCUGGUGCUGGGCAGGGCCCAGCCACCCCUGCAGCCCCCUGCAUCCUACCUGGGUCACUGCCUCUGCCCUGCUCCAUGUCAGGUGAGGCACUGAGCUGGGGCUCACUGGGCCUGGGGGACAGCAGAGGUGUGAAGUGACACAGCCAGGGAGCUGCCAGCGCCAUGCCAGGGCCAGCCAUGAACGUGGUGCUGGCCCUGGGACAUCGCAGUGGCCCUGGACACCCUAGCACAGCCACAUGUUUCUUACUUGGUGGCCAGCACAGGGGCUGGUUUGGUCUUGGCAGGAACGGGGGGCGCAGGAGCCGCCCUCUUGGUGAGUGGGAUCUUGAUCGGCUCCAUCCUCGCUGGUGCUGGGAGCUCUGGGAAGAGGCAGGAGCAGGGCUGGGGCUGAGAUAGCAGAGACAAGAGUGGGGCAGGAAGCGCUUCCUGCUCGUGACAUGCCCUGGCCCAGGAGGCCCGUCCCAGACACAUCCCUGCCCUUCCCUGUCCUCCAGGAUUCACUUGGGGGGUGCUCCCUGUCCUUGCCCUCCUUGUCCUUCACUGUGGUUGCAGCUGCCAGGGUGCAAAGGGGCUCAUCAGGUGCUGGGGAGGAUCCAUGUCACAGCUCUCCCAGCCCCGCAGCAGCCCCGCACUGGCGCCGCUGUGGUCGGCGCUUCCUCUGCAUGUGGCAGACCAGGCAGCUGCAAAGUUCCCCUGAGCAGCAGCCCUGCAGCACGGGAUGUCAUCCCAGCACCAUCCACAGCAGCAUCCCUGCACCUCUGAACCAUGGGGUUACACCAGGACAGGCCCACUGGCACGGUGACAUACAGGACAGCAGGCCAUGGGUCUGUUCUCAUGGCAGGCCCCCUGUUCUCAUGGCAGGCCCCCUGUCCCCAUGGCAGGUCCCCCUGUCACCUUGGCUGGCCACACCAUCACCGUGCUGGGUCACCAUGUCCCUGUGGAGGGCCAGCAGCCGUGAUGCUGCCCGGUCCCUGCUGCUGCCACCAGCACAGCCCUUGCCACAGAGGCCUCGCAAACACCAGAAAUGGUGCUGGAAUGACCCACCCAAAGACACGGCCGAAGCCCCAAGGGCCGCAGGGAUGAGGACACCCCCAUGGAAGGCCCCAGUGCUCCUUUGCUCCAGGGGCACAGGGGUGCUGGGCCGAGCAUCCUGCCAGCCCCUGACUGGCAGCUCUCCUGGAGCCCAGUCCGGCACAGCCCUGGAGCAGUGUGAUCACACACAGGUGCUGCCCUUGGGACGAUCCCCGUGCGCAGGACCCUCGGAGCUGCGGCUGCUCCGUCCUACCUGCCGGGAUGGGGCUGCCUCCGAGGCUGAGCCGUGCCGAGGCUGAGCCGAGCCGUGCCGUGCCAGGCUGUCCCGGCCCCACACCGUGCACGUGAUGCCGGAGGAAAUCGGCUCCGCGCUGGGAAGGAAGUUGAGGCAGAGCGCAUCUGGGUGCUGGUCCACACCGCAUCCCUGUGCCCCACCAGGGGACUCCUGCUCCCCAAACCCCCCUCGUGCCCUUCCCGGGGCUGCCCGGCCAUCCCAGCGGGAUUCCAAGGCUCUCAGCACGGCAUGGACACCAGGGCCACACUCACGGGACUCUGUGCUGGGACACGGUGGGACUGGAGGGCACCGGGCACUUGGAGCACAGGCAGGGCUGGCACAGCAGAGCCCCAAAGAGCCCAGUGUUUCCUGGCCAGCCCCAGCUUGGAGCUCCCACCCAUAUUCUGCAGCCCUGGGCAGGGCUGGGCCAUCAGUGCCACCACAGGCUCGGUGCUGGCACUGGGGUCCCGCUGUGACAGAGCUGCAGGGGGAGCUGGGGCCAGCGCAGUGCGGGGACAGGCGCCAGGCCAGGACCACAGCCGGCCCACGGUGACAGCUCACCUCAGCCAGCUCUGUCACCUUCGGCUGGAGGGGAAGUGAAACCCAAACCACAGAGAGGCCAAAACCCACACAACAAGGUGCAGGGGAUGGUGCAGCCACACUGCAGCUGUCCCUCUGCAGGGCCUGAAGGGUCAGUGAUCCUUCAGUGACAGCAGGGAUCCUGGCCAGUGCCUGGUCCAGGACACAGCAAUACUGAACUGGGAGCAGGGAGGGGGGCUGGGAAUCAGCCCUGGGGCAGAGAAGGACAGAAGAGAUUCCACUGCAGAGCAGGAGGCUGUGCUCCCCUGCUGUGGCCACUCAGGCCAAGGAGCUGGGAACACUGAGCACCCAUUUCCUGAGGCUGGCUCAAGGCUGAGUGUAAAGGGAAGCACCAACUGUUAACCCAGCACUGUCCAAACAGCUCUUGGCCAACACUGUGACCCAGAGCAGCCAGGAAAGCUGAAUUCCUGCAAAGGCUGCACUCCCCAGCACCCUCGGGAUGGCAGCGAUGGAGAAGCAGCUGCUGCUGGGCACCAGCAAGGGCAGAGCACGGGGCUGCAGCUGCCCAGCAGCAGGAUCAGCCUGUGUGCUCUGGGAGGAGCUCAGGUGUGGGAAGGAUGGAGCUGGUCCCGUGCACAGAUGACACAAACCCUGCUGGCAGCAGGUGGGGGAAAGACCUGUGGCUGUGCCACCACUGUCCCCAGGCAAUUACUGCCAAAAAGGGGCUGAAUGAUCCAUUAAUGCAGAAAACCCAACAGGGAGCUGCUCCCCUGUUGCUCCAGGCACUUGGUCCUCUCAGGCUUCCCCCCUGCAACUCAGGACACAAACCAAGCAGAGUUACACCUACAACUUAUUUUAUUGUAUUUUAUUUGCAUAAACAAACUUCGGGGCUUUGCUAAACAGGAACUGUUCAAGUCAAAACAAACCAAACUCUAGCUGGUGUGUGGGGAACAGCACAGCAAUCCUGGGGAGAGGGACAGGGGGAGCACAGGCACGGCUGUGCCUCCCUGCCCAGGCUCAUGACCUGGCCGGGAACUCUCCACAAACUACUCCAGAAUAUCUUUAAAGUAGAAGAUAAAAAGAAAUGCAUCCUAAGGGCCGUCCUCAACCAGCUCAGGAGGAAUCUGCCUUUUGGUUUUAUAAAAAGAUUAAUAAAAAAUAUUGAAAAAUUUUCAUCUCCAUUUAUAUUUUUCCCCAAGAAGAAUUCGGAAGUUCCUUAGAAAACUGUGUCACCUUGGAAAGGGCACUCGAGUCACAACCAGCUGCAGGGAGGGGACACAAAUGCUACAAGCAAUUUGGGGUCCAGCACACACCAGGCCUAAUAGUGAACACAAAGAGUGGCCAGAAGUAGGGUGUAUUUUUUUUUUCUCUUUUAAACCAUGCUAAUUUUGUUAACUUCAAACAUAAAAGGAAAACAAUCAUUUUUAAAAGGCCCUAAACUCAACUGUUACAUUAAAAAAAAGUUAAAAAAAAAAAAAA